AUGUCAAAUAAAAAUAAUUGUACUCAUACAAAAGGUGGACUUUUAUGGUGUGGUGAUAGCCAAGCAGCAUCAUUAGCUAUUGCUCUUUAUGGUGCCUUUGGAUUUCUAAUGUAUUCUUCUUACGCGUCUACUAUUGAGAAAACUAAUGCAUAUAAAAACUUUGUAACAUCACAAAUUAAUUAUUUAUUCGGUGAUAAUCCUAUGAAAAUGUUUUAUGUUGUGGCUGUUCAUCCAAACUCUCCUAAAAAUCCUCAUCAUGCUGGUGCGUCUGGAGGAACAAGCUUAGUAACCUUGAAUGACCCAGUAAAGACUAAGUAUCCUUUAUAUGGAGCCAUUGUAGGUGGUCCGGCUCAGAAUGAUACAUAUGAAGAUUCAAGAGCAAAUGUUGAUCAAUCUGAGGUUGCGCUUGAUUAUAAUUCCGCAUAUCAAGGAAUAAUGGCAUAUUAUGUUAUUGACUCAUAUAUCCCCCCACCAGAAAAUCCAAGAGGACCAACAGGACCAACAUCGAUAUUUACUAAUUUACCUCAGAAUCACAAACUUCUAAUUAUAAUUGUUAGUUGUGGUGCUUUCUUGUUUCUAGUUUUAAGUAUAAUAAUAUACAGGUACAGGAGAAUUGUAUUCUGCAUAGGAGAUCCUGAAAAAAAUAAUCAAGGCAUAAAAUCAGAUGCUAAAAAAGAUAACAAGAACAUUGAAAGCGAACUAUCAGAGCAUUCUGAAAAAGAUAACCAGAGUACUACAAGUGAACUAUCAAAGCAGUCUGAAAAAGAUAACCAAGACACUGAAAGUAAACCAUUAAAACAGUCUGAAAAAGAUAACCAAGCUUUUGAAAGUGAACCAUUAAAACAGUCUGAAAAAAAUAACCAGGACUCUGAAAGUGAACCAUCAAAACAGUCUGAAAAAAAUAACCAGGACUCUGAAAGUGAACCAUCAAAACAGUCUGAAAAAGAUAACCAGGACUCUGAAAGUGAAACAUUAAAGCAGUCUGAAAGAAAUAACCAGGACUCUGAAAGUGAAUCAUCAAAACAGUCUGAAAAAGAUAACCAGGACUCUAAAAGUGAACCAUCGAAACAGUCUGAAAAAGAUAGCCAGAACUCUGAAAGUGAACCAUCAAAACAGUUUGAAAAAGAUAACCAGGAUCCUGAAAGUGAACCAUUAAAGCAGUCUGAAAGAAAUAUCCAGGACUCUGAAAGUGAUCCAUCAAAAAAGUCUAAAAAAGAUAACCAGGACUCUAAAAGUGAACCAUCAAAACAGUCUGAAAAAGAUAGUCAGAACUCUGAAAGUGAACCAUUAAAACAGUCUGAAAAAGAUAACCAGGACUCAAAAAGUGAACCAUUAAAGCAGUCUGAAAGAAAUAACCAGGAUUCUGAAAGUGAUCCAUCAAAACAGUUUGAAAAAGAUAACCAGGACUCUAAAAGUGAACCAUCAAAACAGUCUGAAAAAGAUAAUCAGAACUCUGAAAGCGAACUAUCAAAACAGUCUGAAAAAGACAACCAGGACGCUGAAAAUGAACCAUUGAAACAGUUUACAAGUGAAAAUAACACUUCAAAUGAUACGUAG